GCUGCGCGUGACCCGUUAGGCGCUCGCGCGCUUUGCAGCUUCGCGCGCUUGAGUCGCUCCUCGCGGUCACCCGCGGUGCAGAGAGGCCUGCGGGAGGUCGGUUUUGAUUCUGUGGCUCGCUUCUGGGGUGGUGCGAAUCUCUGGUGCCGAUCAGAAGGAAGACUGAAGAAAUGAAUGGAAAACCCUUGUAUGAAUGCACUUCCUCUUACCAUGACUUCUUCACAAAAGCAAGUGACUGUGUGUAUUUUUGGGACAGGGGAUUUUGGGAGAUCUCUGGGAUUGAAGAUGCUCCAGUGUGGUCAUGCUGUUGUUUAUGGAAGUCGAAACCCCCAGAUGUCCAGCCUGCUGCCCAGUGGUGCAGAGGUCUUGAGCUACCCAGAAGCAGCCCAGAAAUCUGACAUCAUAAUCGUAGCAAUCCACAGGGACCACUAUAAUUUUUUCAUAGAUCUAACUGAGGUUCUCAAUGGGAAAAUAUUGGUAGAUGUCAGCAACAACCUCAAAAUCAAUCAGUAUCCAGAAUCGAAUGCAGAGUACCUUGCUCAGUUGGUGCCAGGAGCCCACGUGGUAAAAGCAUUUAAUACCAUCUCAGCCUGGGCUCUCCAGUCUGGAGCACUGGAUGCAAGUCGACAGGUGUUUGUCUGCGGAAAUGACACCAACGCAAAACACAGAGUGAUGGAUAUUGUCCGCACUCUGGGACUCACUCCCCUGGAUCGAGGAGCUCUGGUGGCGGCCAAGGAGAUUGAGAACUACCCCCUGCAGCUCUUCCCGAUGUGGAGGUUCCCCUUGUGUUUGUCUGCCAUGCUGUGCAUCUUCUUCUUCUUCUACUGUGUAAUCAGAGACAUCAUCUACCCUUAUGUUUAUAAAAAGGAAGAUAACACAUUUCGCCUGGCCAUUUCCAUUCCCAACCGUGUCUUUCCGAUAACAGCACUGGUCCUGCUUGCCUUGGUUUACCUCCCCGGUGUUAUCGCUGCCAUCCUGCAACUUUACCGAGGUACCAAAUACUUCCGGUUCCCAGACUGGCUGGACCACUGGAUGCUCUGCAGAAAGCAGCUCGGUUUGGUGGCCCUGGGGUUCGCCUUCCUGCAUGUCAUCUACACACUCGUGAUUCCUAUUCGGUAUUACGUACGAUGGAGGUUGAGAAACAUAACAGUUACCCAGGCGAUAAACAAGAAAGAUGAUCCCUUCAGUAUCUCUUUAGCCUGGCUUAGUGAUUCCUAUGUAUCUUUGGGAAUCCUUGGAUUUUUUCUGUUUUUACUCUUGGGAAUCACCUCCUUGCCAUCAGUCAGCAACAUGGUCAACUGGAGAGAGUUCCGAUUUGUGCAGUCCAAACUGGGCUAUUUGACCCUGACUUUGUGCACAGCCCACACGCUGGUGUACGGUGGGAAGAGGUUCCUCACCCCUUCGGCCCUGAGGUGGUAUCUCCCGUCAGCCUACAUCUUAGCGCUCAUCGCCCCCUGCACGGUGCUGGUGGUCAAGUUUAUCCUCAUCAUGCCAUGCAUAGACAAGACCCUCACCCGGAUCCGCCAGGGCUGGGAGAAGAACUCGAAAUCCUCAAAACCACUACUGUUUAGAAAAUCAGAUGUUUCAAACAAAGCUGAAUGUACCUGGGCCUCUGAAAUCUAGUAUUAAAUGUGUGAGGGAAGACACGGCCACAGUUAAGAUAGUUUUAGUUCCCCACCACCAUCUGAGGUUUAUCUUCACAGAAGGAAAUUUUGCCUGGAUUUUGAGAAAGUUCCAGAUCAGAAGAGACCUCCGUUCUAUCUCAGUGGUGAGUGAGCUCAGGGCCUCACCAUUUCUUUCCCUGGAGGCUGUGGAGCUCCCUUGGGUAGGCAGGAUAGAGGCAUGUGGGGUGGAGAUUAGUCUUGUGGUUUCAUGCUGAGAAGGUUCUUUGUUGUGGGCAACCAAUGUGACAUAAUGUCUUGCAAAAUCCAGGAAAAGUACAUGCAACUUCCUGCUCUGAUACAAGGGCUAACUUAAAGAGACAGAAAACACAGCCUGAUGGUGGCCAGAAACUCAGGCCUUGCUGGGUAUAGCUGAACAAAAGACACAAAUUCCCCCAGUGAUUUUUACUCUCAUUGCUGGGCGUCACACCCAGACCUUUGCUCAUACUGGGCAAGUGCUCUGCAGCCCUGCAGUAACAAACUCCAUAGUUAAAUGUGUCACUUGGUUUGGCUUAUGCCAUGUGAAUGUCUGCUUUAAGGAACUAUAUUAAGACACAACUUAUUGGAAGCGACCAUGCCUUGGGAUUUUGCAAAUCUACAUAAUUUUUAUACAGUCCUUUCCUCUCUAAGGAACGGGUGUACGAGAGAUUGAAUAAAAUGGGAAAAAAUAUCCAUUUGAGUUCUUCUUGAUGUGUAAUAAAUAAGGAAGUAUUGACAGCAGCCUUUGUGCAAAAUGUUCAAAUAAACCAGAACUUUAGCUAGCAAGCUAAAUAAAUAUUGCCAAACUGUGCUAUAUUGGUUUUGGUAUUUUCAGCUAUUGUGCAAUGCUUUAUACAUUAUAUUUUUCUAAAUAAUAUUCAAUACUAGUCAUCUAUGAAAUUAAUGUCUAGUACAAGGACAUAAUGUACCUGUCAUUUGUCUUAGUCUGUUUUAAUUUUAAGCAGUAAACUUAUAUGAAUUUUCUGAAAAUGUAAAUUUAGCCAAUGUAUAGAUGAGAGAAAAUCAUGGACAGUUAUGGGGCAGAGAGGUGUGAGCAGUGGUUGUUAUGAGACUUGGUUCCUUGUCAAAUCCUUGCAGGAAUGUAGGAAGGUGCUCACUCUGUUUCUAUAGGAUGGAGCCCUUUCCAAGGUGACCUUCAACAGGAUUAGCCACCCCAGCUCACGGAUGUUGCUACAAGGAGACUUGGGCACAAUCUUCCCACAUGUCACUGAGAUCACCAACAGGCAUGGGGCUUAACACUUUUCUGCUUAAUCUACAAAAACCAUUUCUUUUUCCCUCUCAUUUUAACUUUUAGUAUUAUAUACUAUAUAUAACAUAAUACAGAGUGAUUAAAAUAUAUUAAAACAUCACCCACAAUCCAGGAUAUUUUUCUAUAAAACUUUUCGAACAUAGUUCUGUCAGUACUGUAUAUUGUUUUACUUCCUGCUUCAUCUAUUAAAUGCUUCACUGUCCUACAUGACAUAGACAUUUAUUUAAUGGCUACCUAAUUUUAAAGCAAAGAGAGGCUUGUCUGUUUUUUUAAACUGCCCUAAUUGAGCAUAGAGGGUAUGUCUCUUGUAUACCAAAACUAAAAAUACUCAGAGAAUAUCUUCAUGCCUUAUAUUUCCAUAGUAUCAGUUAUCUCCUCAGAAUGCUUGCCAAAAUUAUAACUACAAAAUUAGAGAAUGUUCCCUUUGUUUGCUAGGUAUUGCCACCUUAAUUGUGAAUUGAUCUGAUCAAUACCAUUAGGAUUGGAUGAGGGCCUUAGUUUCAUCAAACCAUUUUAGAUUUGGGGUUUUAUUUCAGUUAGUGUUUUCUUAUCAAUAGUUGCAAAGAUACACAGAGUAUAUGAGCCUUUAAUCCAGCCUUUUCUUGAUCCACCAAGCAAGGAUAUAAAAAGCUGGAAGACUUUGAGUAGCUAUGGUAUGUGGGGUUCCUCAAGGACCUCAGUGAAAAGACAAAAAAUGUCACUACUCACCCUCGUUAUGCAAACAGCCAUGCAGGACACAGCUGGCUGGAACACUGAGUGUCCACACUGAGCUAGGGAAGCCUUUGAGUUAAAAGCACUCCCAUUGCAGUAACAGUCAUAGUCCAUCACUAAAAAGAGAAAGUGCUGCACGUAGGGAAAACAUUUAUCCAUAGUAAAAAAUAAACUCUACUCUGCACAGCCUGUGAGAAAUGCUCAACCCACGUCUUAAUAAAAACCUUCCGUUCAGGUCUAAAGUUAAAGAGCAGCCCUCUGGUUUUGGCAAAAGUAUUACACUGCUCAACUUUAGCCCAGCCGCAAGGGCACCAAGCCUUACCAGCUUACCAGAGACAGCCACCUUCUUUCUCCCACUCCUCCCUGCGCCCCUCUCAGCACUUGAAGCCAUCAAACAACUUGUCACCACGGACUUCUCUAGUUCGCCUAAGGUCCAGUCAGAACAGAGGAAAACAGGUGCGUCAGGUGCACUGUAUUUCUUCUCACACAUCUAAACUGUUCUACAUUUUAAAAAUUAGACUGAACUCCUUUAUUGCUGGUUUUCUGUAUUCUACGAAAAGUUUGCCAAGUUCAUAGACCAUUUGUUCUAGUAUGCUUUCCCCAUGUUAAGGAAAGGUGAACUUUUGUAAAUGUGUACUCAUUAAACAUUACUUUUUAAAUUA